AGUCAUAUAAAAAAUGUAAAACACUUUUACUUAAACGUUCAUUUAUAAGAUGAAGUUAAUUGUAGUUAGUAUAAUUCUAUUACGUCUUUAUUCUGUCUUAGCACACGAAAAUUAUCCAAGCAAUAAUGGAGUAAAAGGACAUCCUCCAACGACGGAUCCUCAUUACAAUUUGCCUCCAAAUUAUGGAAAUCGUUAUCCAACUCCUGGAAAUCCAGGGCAAGUUCAAGGACAUUAUCCCAAUCCAUGGCCGCAACCUUCUCCGAGCAAGCAUAAUUUUAAUCCAACCAAUGAUUAUCAAAAUCUUGAGAGUUUUGAGUUUGACUACCCUAUUACCAUAACAGGUCCGUUCAUUCCUAGCGGCUAUGGUCAGGGACAACAGAUCUAUUACCCCCCAUCAUGGCAACAUGAACAGCCUCCUUGUGGUCCCAAUUCCCUACCUUGUGGUUCCCCAUUUAUCCAAAUGCCUCCUGAUUACAAUUCACCUAACAGCAUUAAUUAUCCUGAUUAUGGACAUCCUUCGGGUCAACGCCCUUGCUGUGACUACAAUUAUGGUCAAACACCACUCAAUCCACCUAACCCGCAUAAUUUUAAUAACAACUAUAUGUUUCAACCACCAAUGAAUGGACAGCAUUUCCACCAGCAACCACAUGGACCUCCUGGACCAAAUGUUGGUCAAAUACCAUUAAUUCCUCCGCCACCCAAACACUAUAAGCCUCAGAAUCCCGACGGCGGACAACAGAAACUGAAUCUACAUUGAUUUACUGAACAUUUAACUAAAAAAUUUAAUCACAAAAACAUUUUAUGUAAAUUGUGGAAAAAUUCUUUCCUUACAAAUUUUCUUAACUAAAAUUUAUUUACUUAGCAUAACAUUCACAGGACUGCGGUGCUUUCUCAAAAU